GUCACAUUUUCUAUAAUCAAGAAUCAUUACUAUAAUUGUAAUUUAAUCACUAAUCACUUCACCAAAUCCAAAACAAUUAAAAUUUAAUUAAUUUCUGAAAGGCACUUUUUCCUAAAGCCAAAUUUCUCACAUGAACUCCCGUGAAAUUGUUGAACCAAACAAAAAAGAAAAAAAAAGAAAGAAAAAAAAUCCAGUCUUGAAUUCUCCCUUUUCCCCUUUCCACCAACUGGUCUAAUUCCCCAUCAUAAUUUUUAGUUAAUAAAGCAAAGGGAGAAAGAAAAAAACCAGUUGCCAUUUUAUCCAUGGCAGUUGGUUUCUGAUUUUUUUUUUCGAGAUUUGAGAGAGAGAGAGAGACCCAUUAUUCCGCGAGGGAUUUGGGAAGAUGGCUUCGUGGGAGCAGUUCGGGGAGAUUGCGAACAUCGUGCAACUAUCCGGCCUGAACGCGGCGGCGUUGAUAGGGCUGAUAGUGAAGGCGGCGAACACGGCGAGGAUGCACAAGAAGAACUGCAGGCAGUUCGCCCAGCACGUGAAAUUGAUCGGUAAUUUGCUCGACCAGCUCAAGAUCACUGAGCUGAAGAGACGCCCGGAGACGAGGGAGCCAUUGGAGCAGCUCGAGGACGCUCUGAGGAGGGCUUAUCUUCUCGUGAACAGCUGUCAGGAGAGAAGCUACCUGUAUUUGAUGGCGAUGGGUUGGAACAUUGUUUAUCAGUUUAGAUUGGCGCAAGAGGAGAUCGAUCGCUACUUGAAGAUUAUUCCCCUCAUUGCUCUUCUUGAUAAUGCCCGGGUCAAGGAAAGGCUUGACGAGAUAGAGAGGGACCAGCGAGAGUACACACUAGACGAAGACGAAAGACAAGUGCAAACCGCAAUUUCCGAAAACGACGUGAUCAUCUUGAAGAAGAGUAUAUCUUGCUCUUACCCAAAUUUGCCUUUCGAUAAAGCACUACAAAAAGAACACGAAAAGCUCAAGGUAGAGCUUCAACGCUCACAAUCUAAUAUGGAUGUGGGCCAGUGCCAAGUCAUCGAGCGUCUAUUGGAGGUUGCUGAAAUUGCAGCAAGUUCUGUCACCGACAAAGAUUCUUCGCACAAAGCCUCCCAGGUUUCGGAGCCAGUUAAGGAACACUCGUUCAGUGAGAAUAAUCCGAGGAAGUAUGAUAAUACCUCAAAAGGCUCGAGAGAAGUUACAGUUUCGAGAAGUCAUAAUAUGACAACCAACAGAGAUGCGAUCAGGCAAGAUAAAUGGCAUGCAGAUUUACUCGGCUGUUGUUCUGAACCUUACUUGUGUAUAAAGACCUUUGUUUGUCCAUGUGAUACACUUUCAAAGAUAGCAUCAGUGGCAACCGGCAAAGAAAUAUCAUCAGCAGAGGCUUGUAAUGAUAUACUGGCUUAUUCACUGAUACUUUCAUGCUGUUGCUAUACAUGUUGUCUUAGAAGGAAGCUCCGACGAACUCUUAACAUCCAGGGUGGUUGGUUAGAUGACUUGUUAUCACACAUUAUGUGUUGCUGUUGUGCACUUGUCCAAGAAUACAGAGAACUGGAGAUACGAGGUGGACUCCAGACUUGGACUAGCCCUCCGAAAUCUCAAAGUAUGGAGUACUGAAUGAUUCUUCGGAAUAUUCCGAAGUUCCUUUUUUUUCCAUUCGGAAGGUAAUGGCUGCAGAACGAGAGGCUUAUGUGACUGUGCAGAUUAAUAUAACUAACAUAUUCAGUCGUAUUAAAACCGCUAUUGACAUGUGUGAAAGAAGCGCUUCCGACGAGAAUACAUGUGUAUAGUUGAUAUUUGCUACUCUCUGUUGUAUCAAAAGGACUGAAUUUGUGAUGUAAUUGAAAUAUUCUUAUUUCAUGUGCAAAAAAAAUGUUCAAGUGUCUGUACUCUGUUUCUAGGAAAAUUUUACUCUCUAUUUUAUUGGAAAGUAAUUGUAACAUGGUUUUGUUUUCUUGGAUUUA